CCGCAAGUCUAAAACGUUAAAAUGGAACAAAAACAAUAAACAAUGUAAAAAAUAUUUUGAUUUUUUUGUAAUUUUAUUGAGCACGAUAACCUGUCAGAUUGAAUGUGCACCUCAGUUUUUAUCUUGUGAUGCUUAAGAAGUUUAUUGUUUAUUAUUAAUCAUACGAUAGUUGGCCAGUUUAAAACUAUACAUAAGGAUAAGGGAAGAAUUUAUGAGAUAUGCUUUCUUCGUUUUCCGAAUCACGCCUUGGUGCGGGAGUAUCCAGCAUCGCCGGAGGAGUCGGAAUGGAUUCAUCGGGAUGUUUAACGCGCCGCAGCUCCUGGGUACAUGAGUAUCGUGAUCUGCAGGCAAACGUUAUGUCAGUUGAUUGGACUGGUUCUUGGGUUCUGUUGGCUGGAAGGCGACAGCUGGCUCUACAAUCGAUGAAAGAUUACGAAAUGACUACAGACGCAACAGGUAUAAUGGGUGGAAGGGAAGAAAAUAACUCUGGUAGUCCCGGUGGAUUAAGUAAAUUUCCACGACUUUGGAAGUAUGAAGUGUCUGCAGCGGAAUGGGCGAUUUGCCAAAAUAGCCAGGAGUACUGUGCGAUUGCGACCAGUCAGACGAUUGAGGUGGUGACUUGGAAAUCCGGACAGCCUACAUUGAAGCAGUCAUUGAGGGCGCAUACACGAAUGAUCACCGAUAUUGAUUGGCAUUCAAAAGUUCCGCACUUGCUAGCAAGCUGCUCAAUCGAUACUUUUACCCACUUGUGGGAUUUAAGGGAUCCCAGAAAGCCGGUACUAUCGUUGAAUGCGGUUUGUAUGUCUGGUGCUAGUCAGGUUGGAUUCAAUAGAGUAUCUGGAAACUUGGUGGCAACGGCUCAUGAUGGGGAUUUGAGGAUUUGGGAUCAGCGAAAGGGAUCCUGUCCGAUUCAGUACAUAACGGCACAUUUGUCGAGAAUACAUGGAAUCAAUUGGAGUCACGAUCAUGAAACUAGUCUGUCGACGGCGAGUCAAGACGGAACGGUAAAAUACUUUGACAUAAACAAUCCCAGGCGAGCUGAGAAGAUUAUUACCACUUCAUGCCCAGUUUGGAGGGCCCGAUAUACUCCAUUUGCGGAUGGUUUGGUGACGAUCAGUGUUCCACACCAGGGUCGAGGUGAGCACAGUUUGUUGAUGUGGAACAAUUCCAAACAGGAUACUCCAAUAUGUUCUCUAGCAGGGCACACGGACGUAGUGCUUGAUUUUGCUUGGAGACGCAAUAGUUUAGUUGAUUCAGAUCCAGAACUAAUCACUUGGUCUCGAGAUCAAACGCUUAGAAUCUGGCGAAUUGAUGAGGAGGUUAGAAAACUGUGUGAAAGAUUUACAUCAGAAGAUGAUGAUGGACUCGUAAUUGAGGAAGGAUCGAACCUCAGCAAAGUCAGCUCAGGAAAUAGCAUGAAAAGUCCCACACGUGAAAAACAACCUUCGGUUUCACUGCAGCAUGAAUUCUCGCUAUUAAAUCCUAACAUCCCUCACAUCGAUAUCGAGGUUCUGGAUCCUACAAAACGAACCGCCACCGUAAGGAUUUCUGUCAACGGUUAUGUCAUUAUGUUGCAGGUUAAUUUCCCCCAACAGUACCCAAACAAUGGAAUCGGUCCGGAAUUUGUCUACUGUCAGGGAACAUCGUUGGACGACAAUCUCUCUGUUACAUUAAUGAAGGUACUUCGAAUGACCGCAAGCCAAAGAGUUAAAAAGGGUAGAACCUGUUUGGAACAAUGUUUAAGAGCCCUUGUCACGCAACUGAAGAAAUCUACUAGCAACGGCGAUAAGCAUUUGCGCUUACAAUCGCCUCGCUUGGAAGGAGCACUAAGUAGUGCUUUACAUGACGCAUGCGUUCCAUUCCCGAAAACGUCAGGGGCGCGUUUCAACCAGGUUGGCAUACUGGUUACGUUUUCAAGACCCUUGAAUACCAAGCGGAUUAGUCUGAAGCACCAGAACACAACACCCCGUGCAUUGUCAGCGCUCAGCGGUGGCUAUUUGGGUAACGUGAUGGGAUCACAACCGAUUCUGUAUGCUCACAGAGAUCCCAGUGCGUCAUCAUUCUAUCUACAUGACAGGAAAUCGUCUAGAAGCCGAGGUACUGUACCGAAAAUAUCUGUUGCCACGGUUAAUGUUUACGAUGUAUCCAAAAUUUUGUAUGUGAGCAAGGAGUUGGCAGAAAAUUAUAUCAUCAAUACAAUUAAUGUGGCUGAAAUGUGUCACCACAACAAGCAAGUAGCUGAGAAGUAUGGUCGGCCGGAUUUAGUCCAGUGCUGGUCCCUGGCUGAAAUGAUCGCUCAACCUAACACGGAUUUUGACACUGAUGACGACAUGCUUUGUUCCCAGAACCCUUUUGCAAAAAGCUUGUUAGAAUCACUGAUAAAUCAUUUCGCUAAUAUCUACGAUAUCCAAACGGCCGCCAUGCUGUGCUGUGCAUUUGGGCGUCACUGUCCGUCGAUGUAUGAAAUCUCUAGAAGUUCUAGUUCGAGUAGCAAAUCGAUUAACCAAAGUCACUUACUUAGUGGUCUACGCAAGAUAAAGCCAAGCGGGUCACCUUACCAUACAAUUUUGCCGGUGGACAGCACCAACUCAAACGCCGUUUGGAGUUUGGCUCAGCAGUUAAAGCACCUCCGCAGUAACUCGUGGUCUGAUUCGUUGGACGACUGUCGCAUAGCCGGCUUAGGUGACAUUAAUCGCAGUCUUCUGGGUGACAGCAAUCGUUAUCUGUAUGAUAACUUCAAACGUUCCUACGCGGAGAUGUUAUAUCGAUGGGGAUUAUUGGUGACUCGAACCAAAGUGUUGAAAUAUCUCUCGCACUAUGUGGAUCCUCCCCGUUGCGUGGAGUUCGUUACGGAGUGCCUGCACUGCUGCCGUGUCGGAUCUCCAGCUUGUGCCACCUGUCGAAAGCUGGUACUUUAUUGUACGCUAUGUAGGCUACCGGUGCGAGGUGCAGCGAAUGCUUGCUUGAACUGUGGCCAUGGAGGUCAUACCGAACACAUGCGAAUAUGGUUUGAGAAGUAUGAUGAAUGUGCCACCGGUUGUGGGUGCCAUUGUUUGCAAAAAAGUUCAGCCCUUUGCAAUAUGAAUUAGAAUUUCCACUAAUAAAAAAGU